GGUAACAAAAUCCCUCGCAGAAACCGCCACAGCCUCUUGAACUCGACUCCUUGUCUUCUUAUCUCGCUGGCAAGCCGAUUUCUACUUUGGCGGUCCCUCUCGAUCUCUGCGGGUUGGCUUCAAAUCCAUGGAACCACCUGAAGCGCCAUCGUCUGCGGAUCCAUUGCAGCACACUGCGGCGGAGCCCCCUCCGGAGGAACCGAUACUGCAACUUCCAUCCGAAGCUCAACCAACAAUAACACCGACGCCAUCGUCAUCGGCAGUCUCUGUUUCCUUGUCCUCGUCGUCGCUCUCCUCUGCUGUUUCUCCUUCGCAGCCCCAAUCACAAUCAUCUCUGCAUCAACGACAGCCUGUCGCCGCCCGUACUCGAUCUCACACUCAAUUGGGGCAAUCCCAAUCCACUCCUUCCACGUCCUCAUCCUCUUCUUCCGCCUCUUCGAUCCAGAAAAACGGGCCCUCGAUCGGCCUCCCGGCUGCCCUUCCCCAUCACGCAAGGCCGCCGUCCUCCGCGGGUUAUUCCUACGGUUACCCGUCGCACUUUAGCCAGCCAUUUGCGAGCUCCAGCUCUCCAUCACAAUCGCUAAGCCAGCCCUUCGGCGGCUUUCCUCGGAGUUCCCUGCCCACGGCGGAGCAAUCUUCGGGCUCUAACGCCCCUUCUGCCUCAUUCAGCCAGCCUUUUUCUGCGAUGCCCCGCAGCUCUGCUGGGGCGCCGGAUCAGCAGCCCAACUCUAAUCCUCAGUUUAAGCCGCCAGUUCCUGGUGUCCAAACAAUUGGGAUGAUAGGUUCUCUCAGUGGUGCUCCGCGGAUGAAAGCAAGUGGGAUUCAGCAUCAACAAAGACUUGGCCAACCGAUUGAUAAAUCCCUGCCUCAGUCGGCCACCAAUCAAACUUCAAACGCACAACUGCAGAAUUUCCCAAAUCCUGGAUUAUCAAGACCUUCCAUGCCUUCACUAAAUGCCCCGAUAUCUGCACCACAGAGUGCACAAUCCCUUCAACAGCAAUGGAUGGCUAAUCAAGGAAAGCAAACAUAUGGGACUUCAUUUCCUUCUUCUUCACAUAGGCCCCAUACAAAGCAACAGUAUUCACCGCCAGUUACUCCAAGUCAGCUGCAGGUUUCAUCUUCCCAACAGCAGCAACAACAACAAAAGCAAGUUCAGCUGCAGCUGCAGCAACAUAAUCUUCAACAACAACAGAAUUUUUCCAUGCCACAUCAUUUGCAAGAUCUCCACAGUAAUAGGAACCAACAAUCACUUCAACAGCAACAUCAACAAGGUCCCAAAGGUCAUGCUUCUAUAAAUCAAAGGUUAAACAAACAAUUAGGACAACCAGUUUCAGGUAAUUCUGGGUCUGCCAUUCCAAUAACUGAAGACCCUCCUGAAACUGGUAAUCAGAUUCUCAGCAAAAGAGGCAUUCAGGAGCUGUUAGCCCAGAUUGACCCGUGUGAGAAGUUGGAACCAGAAGUUGAAGAUGUGCUUAUGGAGAUAGCUGAUGAGUUUGUCGACUCUAUAACAACAGCUGCUUGCUCAUUGGCUAAGCAUCGAAGAUCCACUGCACUGGAAGCUAAGGACAUAGUUCUAUAUGUAGAGAGAAAUUGGAAUAUGACACUUCCUGGCUUUGGUGGAGAUGACAUCAAGUUAUAUAAGAAGCCUCAUACAACUGACAUUCAUAAGGAGAGGCUUGCGAUGGGAAAUAGGUUUACAACACAAUACAACAGAAAAUAACAACACCGACAUACACGACACAAGCAACACCGUGGAUUCAGAUGGUUGGCAAUGGUGGUGGCAACCAAGAAAUGCUGAUGGCAGCGAGGAGGAGGUGCAGAAUUGUAGGGACAACAAGUAUGGAGAGUCAUUGGUGAUCGACGACAGGCGGACGGGUGGCUAGAAGGUGCUGCACAACAAAGUAAAUGCAGGAGAUGGAGCUGCCGAUGUUGAGGAAGGGCAUUUGGAGUGACCGGUGAUUGUCCUUUUGCCUC